AGGAAGUGACGCAAGACCUCAGCCCGAGGUCCGCGCGGGUGUAUACCCGCGGUGGUGCUGGGCAGCACCCGCGUUAGUCCCGAGCAGCAUGGCUCUCCUCUCUUUCCUCGUCCCUGUCUUGCUGGCCAGAAGCUGGGCUGAGAUGAGCGCCGCGAAUCCGGAGCUAUCCUCGGUGCCACCACCAACCGAUGUUACAAUACAAGCCUACAACUUGAACACUGUUAUAUUUUGGGGCUACCCUAUUACGCUACAGAGUCCUAUGUUUACCGUACAAGUGAUGAACUAUGGCGACGGGAAAUGGAUUGAUGCCUGCCAUACUUCCAGUCAUUCUUGUAAUAUCUUUUCUAUAAUUAAUGAUCCAUCAAGUUCUCUCUGGGCUAGAGUUAAGGCCAGGGUUGGACAAGAAGAAUCUGUCUAUGUACAGUCCAAAGAAUUUAUUUUAUGCAAAGAAGGGAAAGUUGGACCACCUAAACUGGGUAUCAGAAAGAAAGAAAACCAAAUUACUGUUGAUAUAUUUCACCCUUUAAUUACCGUAAAUGGAAAAGAGCCAGAAGCUAUGUAUGAUGAUGAAAAUGCUUGUUACACAUUCACAUACACUGUGUUUGUGAGCGUCAAUGGAAGUGAGACCACAGAUAAAAUGUACACGAAGGAAGAGGAUUGUAACGAGACUCAAUGCUUCUUAAACAUUCCUGUGUCCUCGCUGAAUUCUCAGUACUGUGUUUCAGCAGAAGGAGUCUCAGAAUCAUGGGCUGUUACCACUGAGAAGUCUGAUGAACUUUGUAUUACCUCUUCUGAUGAUAGCAACACAGAAGGAGAUGGGUCAAAAAAGAUCUUGCUGUCAGAGUUAUUAUUUCAAAGAAGUAACUUUGGAAUAGAAAUUAAAGAUCCUGUUUGGAUUCCUAUUGUUGCUGCUUUAGUUCUCUUUCUUAUAUUUGCUCUGGUAGUUGCAUGUUGUAUCUUUAAGAAGCUGAAUCCAAUUAAGCCAGAAGGCACCAAGUUACCCAAAUCCUUGCUGUCUGUGGUGAAAAAUGCCUCUUCAGAGGCAAAAUUUGAUUCAAAAGUUAUAUCACCCAUCACCUACCAGCCAAUUACCGUAGAAAAUGAGCAGCUGUCCCCAGGGACCAUUUCAAGCGUGCACACUGAGGACGAUCCCGGAAAAGUGGACCACGGAGACCUUUCUAGUGAAGUGGAAGUGGUGACCAUUGAGGAAAAUAUUUCUGACUUGGUCCCAUGUAGUCCUCUGACCCCAGAGAGCGAGGAUUCUAUCCACGCAACCAGCAGCCAGUCUGAGCCCUGCAGCAUCACUCUGAAUGCGUAUCACUCCAGAAACGGCUCUGAUAGUGGCCUGGUGGUGUCGGACAACUGCUCCAGCUCAGAAUUUCCCCCAAGUGAUAAAACUGAAGUAAAGACUGAAGGACAAGACUUCAUAACUCUGAGAAACACCACCACCUCCUUUGGUUAUGAUAAACCACAUGUGUUAGUGGACCUGCUUGUGGAUGAAGGUGGUAAAGAGUCCUUGAUUGGUUAUAGACCUACAGCAGACUCCAGAGAGUUUUCAUGAGAUCAACCAAGGUCACAAACCAGGAAGGAUCUGCUUUUCCUGAGAAGUGCUUCCACUUAUAUUCCGUGAACAGAUCCAUGAUUUCAGAAAUUGCGUCAUCUUGAUAGAAAUCAGAUGGAGUGUCAUGGUUUAGAUAAAAGUGUAAAGAGCCUGUUUGGACUUGUCACUUUUGGUCUGAAAACUGCAGUCUCUUUAAAAAAGAAAAAGGCAUUGUCACAUGUGAACCUUUGCGUCUACAUGUUAAUAGUAAACAUAACCCUGCUUCCUAUAGGUGUUAACUCUAGGGUCCUUUCUAACCACUUUCGGAGAUGAUAAGACUUGUUUUCCUUUUUGUGUCUCAGCAUGGUAUUUGUUUUUGGAAGUCUAUGUAUAUACUUUCAGGAGAAAAAUGCACUUAAAAUUGCAUUGAAAUCAGUAGUAUUAAAUAGAAUGUAUAAGUAAAAACAUGUAUGUAUAUUUUUAUGAAAUGUUAUAGGGAUUUUUUUAAUAACUUUUUAAAUAACUUUAAAAUUCA